CGAUACUCGUUGUGACCAGUGCGGGGAGACGCUCGCGCGACUCAAUGGAUUGCUGGAUUCGUAGCCUACUCAUCACAGCUCGAUCGCAGAAACAUUAAACAGGUGGUCAGACACAAACAUCGUAAACCCUCCACCAUGGAGAAAAGGUGAAGAAUCCCGGUCUCUUCUUUUCGGAUACAAUCUGUGCGAGGCCGAAGAGAAUUAAUGUCGAGGCGAACGGGGAGAAGCAGCAUCGCACCUUGAGUUUUCUUCUGGAUCUGUGGGAUAUAUCGGAAAUAAAACUAUGAAAGUGACGGUGUGUUUCGGUCGGACCAGGGUGGUGGUUCCCUGUGGAAAUGGAAAUAUUAAAGUCCACAGUUUGAUUCAGCAAGCCGUAAUGAGGUACAAAAAAGCCAUCGCCAAGGACCCGAGCUACUGGCUGCAGGUGCACCAUUUGGAACACGGGGAUGGCGGUAUCCUGGACGCGGACGAUGUGCUGUGUGACGUCGCUGAUGACAAAGACCGGCUGGUUGCCGUGUACGACGAGCAGGACCCCCACCACGGGGGCGAUGGGACCAGCGCCAGCUCCACGGGCACCCAGAGCCCCGACCUGUUCACUGUGGAGCUCAACUCCAGCAACAUGUCCGCCUUCCAGCCCUACCAGGCCACCAGCGAGAUCGAGGUCACGCCGUCCACCCUCAGAACAAACAUGCCCCUACACGUGCGGCGCAGCAGUGACCCAGCGCUCAUCGGCCUCUCCGCCUCCUUCAGCGAGCCCCACGCCCCGGCCGAAGAACCUUCCAGAAAAAACCCCACCCGCUGGUCCACCACGGCCGGCUUCCUCAAACCACGCCACUCCCCGGGCACCAACAGCCUGGAGAGGAAGGGUAAAGUUUCGGAAGCCUUCCGCAGUCUGCCCAGAGAUGCAGGCACAUGGGCCAAUCAGAGGGAGUUUCAGAGGGAGAACGCCCGUUCUUCCCUAAGUGCCAAUCACCCCAUGGUGGAUAGGUGGCUGGUUCGGCAGGAGCAGGAGGACGAAGGGAGGGAGGAGGAGAACGGGCGGAUCGAGCCGGUCGGGCGUGACGACUCCUGCCAGGACUCCGCCCCCAUCCGCUCGCUGGAUGACAUUGUGCGGCUGGUCGAGGUGUCCAAUCGUGGCGGCCCCCUGGGAAUCCAUGUAGUGCCUUUCAGUGCGCGAGACAGAAGGACGCUGGGCCUGCUGGUGAAACGGCUGGAGAGGGGGGGCAAGGCCGAGCAGGAGGGCCUGUUCCAGGAGAACGACUGCAUCGUCCGGAUCAACAACGGGGACCUGCGCAACAUCCGAUUCGAACAAGCGCAGCAGAUGUUCCGGCAGGCCAUGCGGUCCCCGGCCAUCCUGUUCCACGUGGUGCCGGCGGGGAGGAAGGCUCAGUACGAGCAGCUAUCCCAGAGCGAGCAGAACCACGCCUACGGGCCGGGCCGGUUCAGUCCGGACUCCCAGCCCGGGGACCGGAACAGCCUGGUUGGGGGCCUGGACCACACCCCCCAGAGGAUGUCCCGGUCUGGGCCUGGGCCCCACCCGCACUCCCCCGCGGAGCAGGGCGACGCCUACACCUCUCUACCUCACACCGGCGGCUCCGCCAGCAAGCCUCCCUCAGGCCACGCCUCCUCCCCGCUCCGAGCUGUAAGCUCCACCCCUCCCACGGCCUACUCCAAGAAGGUGGGCAGGAGGCUCAACAUCCAGCUCAAGAAAGGGCCGGAGGGUCUGGGCUUCAGCAUCACUUCUCGGGAUGUCCCGAUCGGUGGCUCGGCGCCCAUCUACGUGAAGAACAUCCUCGCCCGCGGAGCCGCCAUCCAGGACGGCCGGCUGAAGGCGGGGGACCGGCUGCUGGAGGUGAAUGGAGUCGAUCUGAACGGGAGGACGCAGGAGGAAGUGGUGGGUCUGCUGAGGGCCACACAGAUGGGCGGGACGGUCAGCUUGCUCAUCCUGCGCCAAGAGGACGCCUUCUUGCCCCGGGAAGUGAAUGCAGAGCACCAGAGGCAGAGCUCCAGAGAUCUGAAAAUGGAGGAGGAUGAGCUGGUCCUGACGCCGGACGGGACGCGGGAGUUUCUGACCUUUGAGAUCCCGCUGAACGACUCUGGAUCCGCCGGCCUGGGCGUCAGCGUCAAGGGCAACCGCUCCAAAGAGAACCACGCCGACCUGGGCAUCUUCGUCAAGUCAAUCAUCAACGGAGGGGCGGCGUGCAAGGACGGCCGGCUCCGGGUCAAUGACCAGCUGAUCGCGGUGAACGGGGAGUCUCUCCUGGGGAAGACCAACCAGGACGCCAUGGAAACGCUGCGCAAGUCCAUGUCCACGGAAGGGAACAAGCGCGGGAUGAUCCAGCUGAUCAUCGCCCGCCGGGUCGCCAAGCGGAGCGAGACGGACCCCCCAGGGAGCCCCUCCCGGCCCCCCGAGCUGCCGCUCAGCCCCUCCCUGGACGAUGGGGAACGGCGGAUCUCUCACUCCCUGUACGGGGGCAUCGAGGGGCUGGACGACAACCUGACGCCACGGGCUGCUAUGAUUGGCCGGAUGAAGGGUGGCUACCAGCUGUCUCCCACCGUUAAUAUGCCUCAGGACGAUACCGUGAUCAUCGAAGAUGAUCGGCCGCCUGUCCUUCCCGCCCACCUCUCCGACCAAUCAUCUUCCAGCUCCCACGAUGACAUUGGCUUCCCGGCAGAGGCCACUGCUUCUUGGCCCAAAGUGCUGGAGAGCCCGAAUGAGAGCUCGCUGGUUCCGGACGCAGACGACGACUCAGACGCGUUCCAGCGGGAGGGCUUCGGACGCCAGAGCAUAUCUGAGAAACGGACCAAGCAGUUUGGAGACGCCGCUCAGCUGGACAUCAUCAAGACCCGCAAGUCCAAGAGCAUGGACCUAGUAGCUGACGAGAUUAACCUCACUCCCCGCUCAGUGAAGAUUGAAGGCUCCCCCACGCGGGACGUCGGCCCGGCCCUGGGCCUGAAGAAGUCCAGCUCGCUGGAGAGCCUGCAGACGGCCGUCGCCGAGGUAACGCUGAACGGGGACAUCCCGCUGCACAGGCCCCGCCCCCGCAUCAUCCGCGGCCGCGUCUGCAACGACAGCUUCCGCGCCGCCAUCGACAAGUCCUACGACCGGCCGGCCGCCGAGGAGGACGAGGAGGGCAUGGAGACACUGGAGGAGGACACGGAGGAGAGUUCGCGGUCGGGACGUGAUUCGGUCUCCACCCUCGCUGACCUCUCCCCCCUGGUACCCAGCGGCCCCACCCUCCCUGAGAAGCAGGUGAACGGCGGCCGGAUAAAGGAGGAGAAGAAGGAGAAGAAAGGAGGGAAGGAGAAGAAGAAGCAGGAGAGGGACAAAGAGAAGGAGAAGAGCAAAGCCAAGAAAGGCGUGCUGAAGGGCCUGGGGGACAUGUUCAGGUUUGGGAAACACCGUAAGGACGAGAGGACGGGCGAGAAGAUGGAGAGAAAGGGCUCGAGCAAGGGAAAGGCGGAGGACAUGCAGGCGUCGGACCAGGAGAUGCUGCGAAUGAGGCUGGAGCAGGAGAGGAUCCAGGCGAAGACGCGGGAGCUGAGGGAGAGGCAGGCUCGUGAGCGCGACUACGCUGAGAUCCUGGAGGUGGGCCACGCCCUGGGCCCAGAAGAGGACCACACGUACGCGGGCAUCAGCGACCCCGCCCAGCCCCCCCGGGACCCUGCCCUGCCCCCCCGAGACCACAUCCAGCCCCCCCGGGACCCCGCCCAGCCCGUGGACACCCUCUACUCUCAAGUCAGCAAGUCCCGCAACGGCCGCCCUCCCUCUGCUGACAGCAACCGGCUGACGCUUAGCAACCAUGACCGGAUACAGCGUCUGCGGCACGAGUUCCAGCAGGCGCGGCAGGAGGAGGAGCCCGACGAGCGCCGGCGCACGUACAGCUUCGAGCAGCCCUGGGCCAGUGGGGGCAGCAGCGGUGGAGGCUCGUAUGGGAUGCAGACGGGACGGCACUCUGUUUCUGUGGAAGUGCAGGUGCAGAGGCAGCGGCAGGAUGAGAGGGAAGCCUUCCAGCAGCCCCAGAGACAGUACAGCUCUCUGCCAAGGCAGCCCCGUAAGAACCCCAGCGUGGUGUCGCAGGACUCCUGGGACAGGGUGUACCCCCCGGGACAGGGCUUCCAGACUGCCAAGGAGAACCCGCGGUACGCCAGCUACCAGGGCCCGCGAAACGGGCACCUGGGCUCGCGGAACGGGCACCUGGGCGCGCGGAACGGCUACCUGGGCGCGGGCGGCGGGCUGAACGCUCGUGUGCUCCUGGAGACGCAGGAGCUGCUGCGUCAGGAGCAGAGGCGCAAGGAGCAGGAGAGCAAGAUCCGCCCUGCCCCUGCCCUCGCCCCCAGCCCCGCCCCCACCAGCCCAGUCCCUGCCAAAGGACCCUACCGCCAGGAUGUCCCCCCCUCCCCGUCACAGCUGGCCCGCCUCAACCGCUUGCACCACAGCCCAGAGAAGGGACGCCCCUUCUAUUCCUGAGGGGGGGGGUCCAGGCCUCAGAGGAACUGAUACACAUGCUCGCUCUUUCUCUUUUCCACCUUCUCUCUCGCUCUCUCCCUCCCUUUCUCUCUCUCUCUCACUCUCUCCCUCCCUUUCUCUCUCUCCCUCUUCCCAUCUCUCUCCCCCUUUUCUCUCUCUCUCUCUAUCUCUCUCUCUCUCUCAUUCUGUCUCUCUGCCCCCCUUUCUCUCUCUUUCUAUCUCUCUCCUCUCUGUGUCUCUCUCUGUCUCUAUCUAUCUCUGGCAGUAACAUAAAAUGGAAGAUGAUAAAGAGGGAAAAAACAAAAGAACUCAUCUGAAAUGAGUCUGAUUUGCUUUGAACUUUGACCCAUUUCUUGUUGCUUUAUGAUUUUCGUAUUUUCUUGGGAAAACUGCCCCCCAGUUUACAAACAUGGGGAUCUUUGGAAUUUAUCACUCUGUCUCUUUCUCUGUGCCUUCUGUUUUUGGGGGUCCUUGCAGUACCUUGCUCCUGUGUUUGGAGAACUCUCUGGGGUUCCCCUGCCCCCCUAAUCCUCACGCUCUGACAAUCACAGCCCAGCUGGGGCCCCAUGGGGACACUGUGUCAUCAGAGUGGCCCCAAGUACUGUACACACAGGUCUCUGCCACGGAACAGCCAUUUGGUGCGCGAGUGUGUGUGUGUGUGUGUGUG